ACUAAUACCUACACCCUGGGAAUAAGGACACUGACUCAUCUUCUGAGCUUCAAUAGGAUAACCACCGAAGUCCCUUUGAACUCUAUAUUGCCAUGAUUCCCUGGCUAAGGAUGACAGGAACUUGACACGGACACUCCUUGGAUUUCAUCCCAUGCAGAGGCAUUCUUACUUCCUUGUGACGUUGAAUGAGGUUUGAAAGUGCCCAACCCAAGUUCAAAGGCUGAUGAGAGAGAGGAUCUCAUGAGGAGGUUUUACUCUAGGGAAAGUUGUUCAGUGAAUGGGGUCUUGGCGCACAGAGAAAGAUGUCAGGCUCUUUCUGGCUCCUUCUCAGCCUCGUUGCUGUAACUGCUGCUCAAUCCACUCCUGAGGAACUGGCCAAGACAUUUUUAGAGAAGUUUAACACUGAAGUUGAAGACCUGUUUUAUCAAAGUUCACUCGCUUCUUGGGAUUAUAACACCAAUAUUACCGAUGAGAAUGUCCAAAAGAUGAAUGAAGCCAGGGCCAAAUGGUCUGCCUUUUACGAAGAACAGUCCAAGCUUGCCAAAGCUUAUCAGCUAGAUGAAAUUCAGGAUCCCAUACUCAAGCUACAAUUACGGAUCCUUCAGCAGAGUGGGUCAUCGGUGCUCUCAGCAGACAAGACCAAACGAUUGAACACGAUUCUAAAUACAAUGAGCAUCAUCUACAGUACUGGAAAAGUUUGUAAGCCAGAUAAUCCACAGGAGUGUUUGUUACUUGAACCAGGUUUGGAUGACAUCAUGGAAAGCAGCAAAGAUUACGAUCAAAGGCUCUGGGCUUGGGAAGGCUGGAGGUCUGAGGUUGGCAAGCAGCUGAGGCCAUUUUAUGAAGAGUAUGUGGUCCUGAAAAAUGAGAUGGCAAGAGGAGAGAAUUAUGAGGACUAUGGGGAUUAUUGGAGAGGAGAUUAUGAAACAGAGGGGAUAAAUGGCUCUGCCUAUAACCGUGACCAGUUGAUUGAAGAUGUGGACCGUACCUUUGCAGAGAUUAAACCAUUAUAUGAACAACUUCAUGCUUAUGUGAGGGCAAAGUUGAUGGAUGUUUACCCUUCCCAUAUCAGUCCGACUGGCUGCCUCCCUGCCCAUUUGCUUGGUGAUAUGUGGGGAAGAUUUUGGAUAAAUCUGUACCAGUUGACAGUACCUUUUGAACAAAAACCAAACAUAGAUGUUACCGAUGAAAUGGUGAACCAGAACUGGGAUGAAAAGAGGAUAUUCAAGGAGGCUGAGAAGUUCUUUGUGUCUCUUGGCCUUCCUAAUAUGACUGAAAAAUUCUGGGAAAAAUCUAUGCUAACUGAGCCAGGCAAUGACCAGAAAGUGGCCUGCCACCCCACAGCUUGGGACCUGGGGAAAGGCGACUUCAGGAUCAUCAUGUGCACAAAGGUGAAAAUGGAGGACUUCCUGACAGCCCAUCAUGAGAUGGGACACAUCCAGUAUGACAUGGCAUAUGCCACACAACCGUACCUGCUAAAAAAUGGAGCUAAUGAAGGGUUUCAUGAAGCCGUUGGGGAAGUCAUCUCACUUUCUGUAGCUACACCUAACCAUCUGAAAAACAUGGGUCUUCUGCCACCUGAUUUUUAUGAAGACAAUGAAACAGAAAUAAACUUCCUACUCAAACAAGCGCUUAAUGUCAUUGGAACUUUACCGUUUACUUACAUGUUAGAAAAGUGGAGGUGGAUGGUCUUUAAGGGUGAAAUUCCCAAAGAGCAGUGGAUGAAAAAGUGGUGGGAAAUGAAGCGAGAGCUGGUUGGGGUGGUGGAACCUCUGCCCCAUGAUGAAACAUACUGUGACCCUGCAUCUCUGUUCCAUGUUGCUAAUGAUUACUCAUUCAUCCGUUAUUACACAAGGACCAUUUUUGAAUUCCAGUUUCAAGAAGCCCUUUGUCGAAUAGCUCAACAUGAAGGUCCCCUGUACAAAUGUGAUAUCUCAAAUUCCACUGAAGCUGGGAAGAAGCUCCACGAAAUGCUGAGCUUUGGAAAAUCAAAACCCUGGACCUUAGCAUUGGAAAGUAUCGUAGGAACAAAGAAUAUGGAUGUAAGACCACUGCUCAACUACUUCGAGCCCUUGUUUACCUGGCUGAAAGACCAGAACAGAAAUUCCUUCGUGGGAUGGCGCACCGACUGGAGUCCAUAUGCCGACCAAAGCAUUAAAGUGAGGAUAAGCUUAAAAUCAGCUCUUGGAGAAAACGCCUACGAAUGGAAUGACAAUGAAAUGUACUUGUUCAAGUCAUCUGUUGCCUUUGCCAUGAGAGAGUAUUUUUUAAAAGUCAAAAACCUGACAAUUCCUUUUGGGGAGGAUGAUGUGUGGGUGAGUGACCUGAAACCAAGAAUCUCCUUCAACUUCUUUGUCACCUCACCUAAUAAUGUGUCUGACAUCAUUCCUAGAACUGAAGUUGAAGAAGGCAUCAGGAUGUCCCGGGGCCGUAUCAAUGAUGCUUUCCGCCUGGAUGACAACAGCCUGGAGUUUCUGGGUAUUGAGCCAACACUGGGAACCCCUUACCAGCCACCUGUCACCAUAUGGCUGAUUGUUUUUGGUGUCGUGAUGGGGCUGGUGGUGGUUGGUAUUGUCCUGCUCAUCUUUGCCGGGAUCAGAGACCGAAGGAAGAAAAAUCAAGAAAGAAGCGAAGAAAAUCCUUAUUCUUCCGUCGAUUUGAGUAAAGGAGAAAAUAAUCCAGGAUUCCAAAAUAAUGAUGAUGUUCAGACUUCGUUUUAGAAAAAUCUAUUUUAUUUCCCCGUGAGGUGGUUUUAUUGUAUGUAAGUGUUAAUUUCACAUUACAGAAAAUACGAGGUUAUAAAAAUAUCAUUAAAUAUUAGAACCAUGGCUCUGUUCAG